AAAAGGAGGAUAAUUGAUACUCGCUCCUGUAUAUACGGAGUACAUGACUGAAAUAUGGCAGAUUAUGCGCCUCCGACUGCUUCCCCCGCUCAGGAAUCGGAUGCUCCUGUCCCAACAGCCGCUGCGAUGAAAGCUCAGGAGGCAGUAACCCCUUCUAUUAAGCCAACUACAACAGUUUCAACGACAGAAGACAUCAUCUCGGAUCUACCAUCAUCUGCUGCAGAUGGCCUCAUUAAGAAACCGUUUGCCUUGCCCCUUGAGAAUGCCCACCCUCCUGCCCCGAAAGAACUCUCGUCAAGUGAACAAUCCAAAUAUGAAGCGGCACUGAAGACAGUAUCGUCGUGGACAACAGUACCGACGACGUCAGCGAAAAACAGUCCAACAGCACCGAUUACGGAUGAUGAGCGCAUGUUCUUGACACGUGAAUGCCUCCUUCGCUAUUUGCGUGCGACAAAGUGGAAUGUCUCGGAGGCAGUGGCUCGCCUUCAGGGCACACUCACCUGGCGCCGCGAGUACGGGUUCGAAAAACUGACGCCUGAUUAUAUUUCUAUCGAGAACGAAACGGGGAAACAGGUCAUCCUGGGCUACGAUGUGCAGGGGCGGCCCUGUCUCUAUCUCAUCCCUUCGAGGCAGAACACGGAUAAGAGCGACCGCCAGAUUGAGCAUUUGGUGUUCAUGUUGGAGAGAGUGAUUGACCUUAUGGGUCCAGAUCAGGAGACUCUGGCGCUGAUAGUCAACUUCAAUGACACCAAGAAUGGGCAGAGUGCGACUAUCGGCCAAGCCAAGCAAACCUUGCACAUUCUCCAGAACCAUUACCCCGAGAGACUUGGAAGAGCAUUAGUGAUUCAUUUGCCCAUUAUUAUCAAAGGAUUCUUCAAGCUGAUCACCCCGUUCAUUGAUCCACUUACCCGACAGAAGCUGAAGUUCAAUGAAGACCUACGCCAGCAUGUUCCACCUAGCCAGCUAAUGAAAUUGGUUGGUGGCGAUGUCGAGUUCGAAUAUGACCAUUCAGUCUACUGGCCAGCGCUUAAUAAGUUGACUGAACUUCGGAGGCAGCAAUACAAGGAGCGUUGGAUUCGAGGCGGCAAGCGUAUCGGAGAGUAUGAGAACUAUCUCAAAGGUGGGAGCAGUCCGAGUCUGUCACAGCAAGAAGGGGGGACGAAUGGCCACGCUGAGCCGUCUGAGGCGUCGUAAGAUUGCGUUGGCUUGUGUAUAAAGCGCAAUUGGGGAUGAUGUGGAUUCUUUUCGAGCAUUUUCUAGAUUUUUUGACCUGUGAAUACGCAUGCAUGAUGACUGCAUAAUCCUCCUGUAAAGGCAGGAACAUGUAUAGAUAGAUGCUUCCAUGCACAUAGCAGAGACAUAUACCUCAACCGCCUACUUAGUAUAAUACACUGGAGUAAUUAAUUCUUCUUGCUG